GUCAAAAUUAUUAUUAUUGUCAAAACAUUAAACAUUUAAGCACUAAUAAUUAUUAUAAGAUUUCCAUAUAAAUCAUAUUUAGUGCUUAAUAAAUCUUAUAAAUAAAGGAUGGGUUUAUUUGGUAAAUCUCCUGAACGAAAUCCAAAAGAGAUGGUGAACGAAUGGUCCCAUAAGAUACGUAAAGAGGGCUAUAACUUGGAUAGACAAAUAAGAGCUAUUCAAAGAGAAGAGGAAAAAAUUAAGAAAUCACUAAAAGAAGCUGCUGCGAAAAAUGACAAACAAGUCUGUACAAUAUUAGCGAAAGAGAUUGUAAGAUCAAGGAAAACAGUUAGUAAAAUUUACACAAGCAAAGCACAUCUGAAUUCAGUGCAAAUGCAAAUGAAAAAUCAAUUAGCAACACUAAGAGUAGCGGGAUCACUACAAAAGUCAACUGAGGUGAUGCAAGCUAUGCAGGCAUUACUUCGACUCCCAGAAAUAGCUCAUACCAUGCAAGAGCUUAGUAAAGAGAUGAUGAAGGCUGGUAUCAUUGAGGAAAUGCUGGACGACACCAUGUCCAGUAUGGAGGAUGAAGAGGAAAUGGAGGAAGCGGCGCAGAGUGAAGUUGAUAAGGUGCUUUGGGAGCUAACCCAAGGUCAACUAGGAGAAGCUCCAGCUCCACCAACAGCAGUCGGAGCUCCCUCUACAAGCAAGGAACCGGAGGCGGAACCCGACGAAAGUGAAUUGGACGAAAUGCAAUCAAGACUACAGGCCUUAAGAUCUUAAGACUAGCUUUAAAAGAAUUUGCCGCAACAAGGAUUUGCCGCAAUUUUUAAAUUGUUCGAAGAUAUACUAAAAUGCCUUUUACUGAUUUUAUAAAUGUUGCAAUUAAUUGUCUUCACUAUAUGCUUAAUGUUAUCGUAGAAUAUACAUAUAUUUAUAUUAAGUUUUAUUAAGAUAUUAUGAUAUAAUAUUUGAAUGUGUAUUUAUUAAAUUAUAUUUAAAAAAUUACCUUUAAAGUACAACUCAUUAAUUAUACUUCAUUCAUAACUUUUAUAAAUAUACAAGCAAUCCUGCUUCAUCGUUCUUCUAUCAUUAAUAUCAUUGACAAGCCAGUUGGCGUGGUUGGUAGAUACUUGCCUUUCACGCCAAAGGUUGUGGGUUCAAUUCCCACCCAGAAUAGACAUUUGUUUGCGUGAAUAUGUCUCUUUGUCUUGAGUCUGGGUGUAAUUAUUUAUAUAAAUAUGUAUUUAUAAAAAGUAGUAUAUGUAGUAUAUUAGUUGUGUGGUUUCCACAGUACAAGCUCUGUACAAGUUUAAUUUGGGAUCAGAUGGCCGUGUGUGAAUAAUGUCCCACUGUAUUAUUAUUAUCAUUAUAUAGCUAGUUAAAUCCAGAAAGCGCUGCAAUAGCGCUUCAAGCUUCAAUUUUUAUUUAAACAAUUCUUUGAUAUGACUCGCGUGCUUCCAACGGUACAUAGAUGGUACUAAGUGGGAAAUCCAAUACCUAACAAGUUAUUUACAAUGAUUCAAAUAUAUUGGAUGAACGAUGCUUGAACGCAUAAAAGACGAUAAAAAUAAACAUUUUUUACAGAUAAGUAAUUAUAAUAUUAGGUUCUUACAUAUGAAAUUGGCGUUUUGUACGGGAGGAAUAUAAAGUCAAUUUUUUUUUUGUAAAAUAUAUGUAAUUAAUCAAAGUAUGCACCGUUGUUAUCUAUGCAAUUUUGCCAUCUCAUAGAUAAUUCAUUGAUCCCUUUACUAAAAAAACCAUGGGUUCGAGAAUCAAUAAUCUCUUUGAAGGCGGUUUGGACUGCCGUAUCGGAGUUGAUUUUUUUUUCCUUGUAAGAAGUUGUCCAAAUUCCGGAAAAAAUGGUAAUCUGUUGGAGCAAUGAAGAUGUCGCAGACAUUCCAAUUGUAGCUCAUCUAACUUAGUGGUUGUUUGUUGUGCAGUGUGUGGUCUUGCGUUGUCGUGAAGCAGUAGUAGCCUAGAGCGAUUAAUCAAUCUCGGUUGUUUAGCAGCUAGUUCUUCCUUCAUGGUUUGCAGUUACUGACAAUAGAUAUCUGCCGUAAUCUUUUGGCCAGAUUUUAGAAAGCUGUAGUGAACGACACCAGCGCUAGUCCACCAAACACUCACAAAUAACUUUUUCUGAGUCAAUUUUCGUUUAGGGCAGGAUUUGGCUGGGCCUCCAUAGCGACGAGCGCUUCCGAUUAUCGUACAGUAUCCACUUUUCAUCACAAGUAAUGAUUCGAUUUAAAAUCCCUUCAUUAUUGUGUCGGUUGAGCAAAGAAACACAGCAGCUGACGCGUAUUUGCAAGUUCGAUUCACUCAAUUCAUGAGGUACCCAUCGUUCAAGUUUUUUUACUUUUCCGAUUUGCUUCAAGUGUAUGAAUACAGUUUUAUCACUUACCCCGAAGCCUGCAGCUAUUUCUGAAGUACUUUGUGAUGGAUCCACUUCUACAAUAGCCUUUAAUUCUUCAUUUUCCACUUUGGUCUCUGGCUGUCCACGGGGUUGGUUCUGAAGGUCAAAAUUUCCAGAACGAAAAAGUUGAAACCAAAACGUACCGUGCUUUCUUUUGCGACACCAGCGCGGUACACAUCAUUAAUCCUUCGAGCUGUUUCUGCAGCACUGGUGCCACGGUAGAACUCGUAUUCGUAAAUAUACCGAUAUUUCAUGUUUUCCAUUGUGCGGUAAUAAGCGACGCCAAAAAAAAAGAAAAAAACAAAUGAAUGACUGUUUUCAAAACUCAAAUGUACCAGCUAAAUGAAUUUGUAAAUUUGAAUUUGGAAUUCCUAACCAAGGAGGAGAUAUUUCAGAUCAAAGUGUCAAAGUGGACAGUACGACAAAACGCUAAUUUCAUAUGUAAGGACCUAAUAUAAUUAUGUGACUUUGAUAUAUAUAUAUCAAAAUGUGAGUUAUUAAGAAGUAUUUAAAAAAUGCACUUAAGACAAUUUUUAAUGGAUAGUCUGAGCAAAUUUUGCAUCGAAUAUAAAACAUUAAUUAAAAGCGCAUUAAAACAGUAUUGUCAUUUGUGGUAUU